GCUCCACUGGUUCUCUCCUGGUUCUCUUCCUCCACUGGUUCUGUCCUGGUCCUCUUGCUCCACUGGUUCUGUCCUGGUCCUCUUGCUCCACUGGUUCUGUCUGGUUCCCUUGCUCCACUGGUUCUGACCUGGUCCUCUUGCUCCACUGGUUCUGUCUGGUUCCCUUGCUCCACUGGUUCUGUCUGGUUCCCUUGCUCCACUGGUUCUGUCUGGUUCCCUUGCUCCACUGGUUCUGUCCUGGUUCUCUUACUCCACUGGUUCUGUCCUGGUCCUCUUGCUCCACUGGUUCUGACCUGGUCCUCUUGCUCCACUGGUUCUGUCCUGGUUCCCUUGCUCCACUGGUUCUCAAUUUGGCAAAGUCGAUAUUCGCCCACAUUACACAGCUCGGAACGAUACAAUGCAACCAUCGCACACGACGGUGAGGUUUCUCUGGGAACUGUCGUCUCCUGGCAAGUUGGGCAGAUCUCAUUUACAUCUGCCAUAUCUUCGAUAUUUUUAGGACUUGGGUUUCAGGCCAAUUAUAAGACCACAUUUAAGUUGACGGGUUUGUCUGUGCAGUGUCUGGUGACCAAUCUGAGACUCGUCCAAACUAACCACACCUCAGAACAACUCGUUCAGUCAGUUUGUUGGUCUCUGUAUAAGUCUUAAAUGUCACGUGAGUUAUUUGUCACUGGGCUCAGAGCAUCAUCUGGUUUUGUUAGAGGUGGCUUAAACAUGGAUUUAAUUCCAGGUUCUCGGCGGUGCUGGCUCUCUGAUUAGACAUCUCGACAUUUCUGUAUCAGAUGCAGAAAAUUCUGCCUGAAUACAUUAUCUCAGGGCAGGAUGUAACCUCGAUCCCAGCAACACGUGUUGCUGGUGAAUUAGAAAUGCUAUUGUUAGUCUGUGUCACCACCUCCACCAACACUAGAAAAUAAAAGAAAUCACAUUUUUGGUCGAUUUCCAGUAUCAUUUCGGUCACAAUUAAUUUUUGGGUUGGGCCACUUAAUUAUAUGGCCAAACUUUUGUUGUGUAAACCCUCCACCACCCGACAGCAUCACCGCUGUGAAAUGGGGUUCUCAAAUGUGAGUGUAAAGGUAUUUAAACUGCCAGUUAUUGUUUCGGCUCGCCGAUAAGUUAAACAAUUGUCACAGCCGAAUUUGGUAGUUGGAUACGAUGGAUUGCUUGACACUGCAUGAAACAUCGUAAGGUAUUCAAUAAUAAAACUAAUAUAAAAGUAUUGAAAGUGAUUGUAUCUUUAUGUCACCACCUCCCAUCCUACCAUACCCCAGCAGUGCUGAUUAGCAAGCGAUGGCGGCGUGCGCGGUGGAGGUAAACCCGCGCGGGGACUUCCCGGCGUGGCUGGCGGCACGCGGCAUGAAGCCCACGUUCGCCGACGCCAUGCAGCGCGAGCUGGGCAUCAGCGACUACGAGGAGCUGCUGGCGUGCGCCGAGGACGCGCAGGUGACGGCCGAGCUGCUGGGCGCCGCCCGCGACCGCCUGCCCUUCGCCUUCUACGCCGUGCUGCGCCGACUCGUGCUCGCGCUGGCGCCGACGCGGCGGCGAGGACGUCGCCGGCGGGGGACGACCCCGGGCGACAGCGACGGCGAGGGAGAGGAGCGGCGAGGGUCCGUGGACGAAGACGACGAGGAGGCGGGGGCGUGCGGUCCCCGCUGCGAGGGGGCGCUGGCGAGCCGCGCCGUUCUCGGCAGCCUCCUGGACGCCAUCGUGGCCACGCUGAGCUCGUUGAGCCGCGAGUUGCUGCAGUCAGCGCAGCGGUUCCGCUGCCUGGAGCCGGCGCUGGAGCCCGGAUACUGUGGCUCCAUUGGUGCGGCCGGAUCCAACUCUCCUGGAGAGAAGCUCAUCGACACAGACAUGGUGGACGAUGAUAACGUGGAGAGCCUGGCGGACUUGCAGCACGACGAGAUAGGAAUGAACGGACAUGCCAUUUCGAGUCAAAAACCCUGUGCAGACCGCGCCCAACGUGCCCAAUGUGACCUCCACACCACCAGCACGGAGACGCCGUUUCUGAGCAUCAAGGUCGAGCAAGAGGACGAGACGGAAGACACGCUGGUGGUGCAGGAGAAGGAGGAGGGCGCGUGGGAGCACGGCGAGCGGAGCGGCGAGGGCAUGUGGGACGAUUUGACGGUCGACGCUGAGCAAAAGCACGUGGCAAAUCCGCCUCCGCGGAACUCGGCCAAGCAGCGCGACCGGAGCUGGACACCGGCAACGGAUGCGGCACGUUACCGUCGCGUCGCAGUGGCGGCACCGCCAAUUUCCUACCGUGCAACUGGCUGCGGCAAUAGCGCCGCCGCCGGCGCCGCCGCCGCCACCACCAACGACGAUGACGACAACGACGACGACAACGACGACAAUAACCACAACGAAAACCUGGACGACGAGCAGGGCUUUGCCGACGACUACGGGGAGGACGAGGACGACGAGGCGAUGGGUGGGGGAUUGGCGGCGGGGCAGUUCGCUUGCGCCGAAUUGGCCGUGCCCGGCGAAGGCGGCGGCGGCGGCGAGUGGGGCGGUGUCGGCGGCGGCGGCGGGAGGGAGAGGCGGUACCGCUGCCACGUGUGCGGGAAGCGCUUCCUGAAGGGCCGCGACGUGACGCGCCACAUGCGCACGCACACGGGCGAGAAGCCUUACGCGUGCGAGGCAUGCGGAGUCCGCUUCACACAGUCCUACAGCCUGACGCGGCACUUGCGUCGCCUCCACACCGCACGGCCCCUGCCGCCGCCGCCACCGCACGACCCACGCCGCCCUCUCUCCCUGCCCCGAGCGGCCGAUGUCUCCUGAACCGUGCCACCUGCGGAACCCUGCCACUUUCCUCCUGCUCCCUGGGACCUCCAUUGCCAGUAUCAAAAUAUAAGAAGAGCUUUUACCCCAAACUGAAACCUUUCGCAAGGAAUCAUGUCGACAUUGACCACGUAUACUUGCGGUGAACAUGCAAACAAAAACAACAUGCUCUGAUAGUAUCUGCAUUGUCUUUCAAACUGAUUGGUCCACAACAGAGACGUCUUUCUUUAGAACCUCGUCUCAAGCAGUGUUAGAUCAGAGGACGACACCAAAAUGAGAACAGCACAACGACAAUGCCACUAUCAGGGCAUUGAGAGCUCGGGGUCAGCAGUUUGCAUGUUCACCACAAGUAUAUUUGGUCAAUGCUGACAUAAUUCUUUGCAAGAUGUUUCAGUUUGGUGUUUUAACAUCUUAACACAGCUGUUUUAUUGCUAGACAGGGUGAAACUUAUUCUUAUAUUGCCCCUUGCUACCGCCUGUCAUCCCGAAUGCCAGUGUUGCCAACUCAAACCACGGGAAUACAGGUAGUCCCCGAGUUACGAUGGUCCGACUAACGAUAUUUCGAUCUGGCGAUAGCAAUAUAACAAAAUUGUCAUAUUUUACAUUUCGCGCGGCAGGCAAUCGCAGCAGUGUACGCGGUACGAUACUGAGACUUUAUAAUUGCCAUCCUCUUUCAACAACUAAGUUAAUGUAGCCAUCAACAACCUAACAUCUUUCAAGUGUGCAGACGACGGACAGAAUCUUGGUGAGUAUAGUACAAUACGAUACGUUACGAUACGUUCAAUGCAUGCAUGAUAAGUAGCUUUAGCGAUUUCAUUUUAGGGUUACCAUGAUACGAUACAUACGUUCAAUGCAUGUUAAACGUUUUUAUAGCAGAUAGGAUUGUUUCCUGAAAAAACUUUCUAUUAAAUUGCAGUUCAUAUAGGUAGGCUAAGAAUUUACCUUGUUUUUUACUUUAAAUCGUACUGUGCAAUACAGUAUUGUAAUUAAUAAAUACAUACAGUAUAUAGUUUAUACAGUACGGUGCUGUAAAUUGCUCUGUUUUGCUUAAUUAUCACCAUUCUUUAAGACUCCUGGGUAGGCUAGGCCAUCUUCGACUUACGAUAUUUUCGACUUACGAUGGGGUCGUCGUAACGCAUCUCCAUCGUAAGUAGAGGGAGUACCUGUAUACCGGAUGUUGAUCGAUGCGAUGUCUAAAUUCGCCGAAACUAUCGCGUUGAUUUAGCGAGCAUUGAAUGUAGCGAGCUGAUACAGGGUCCCCUGAAUGCACCCACACCCAUAAUUGCAUAUACAUUUGAAUUAUGUCCUCGUCUGGAAUGUGACCAGAUUGUUUGCCAGUCACUUUAGCAAAAGGUGUUACUAGGCAUGUGGCCAUGUAUUGCGCGGAAGUUAAACAUUAUUUCUUGCUCAAAUGAGCAAGUGCUCUUCUGUUUAUCGCCUCGCAGAGCCAAUGAUGGAAAUUCCACAUCCCAUGGUGGGUGGCGAAUCAAUCUAAAGGACAGACAAUGUUGACUUCCUCAGAAGGUGGUACUUGUUUCGUCAACCUGGUCUGAGUCGACACCAGUGAUCAAGAUCUGAACUCACAACUUUCCAAUCGUGGACUGCUUGCUCAGCCGCUGAGCCACCUGGCUGAAUCACAAAAUAAACUCGCAGAUGAGCCUGAAUAUGCGCCUGAAAUCGGCAUAACACAAAUAAUGAUUGUCGUUGUGGAGAUAAUAUAAGCAGCAAAAUCAACAAGUACACCAUGCGCUCCUUUCCCACACAUCUCAGAUCAGAUAUGGGGGGCAUUGUCCUGCGCAGCCCAUGGUCGCGUUCAUCCUCUGCUCAGCUCACGGCAAGGUCCCUUGCCAGCCCCCACCCUGGAGGUGACGGUUCAACCCGCUGCAGCCACGAGGAAACUCGACUCCCCGCCGGAGAGGGACUCGAGGCGGAUCCUGAGGGUCUCCACGCUCAGGAGAUGGCGAUCAGUGUUGAGGAAAACCACGUCCCUGGAGACGAUGCAGUCAAUGCAGGAGCUUCCAGCCCACGAAAGCAUGAUCGCUCGCCCACCUCCGCAUUGGCUGGCGUCGGAGGUCCAAGUCCAGCGAUGCAGGCCAGGAAGCCGUCGGAAUCGUGAACCAGCAAUUCUCAGCCACUCGGACGUUGCAAAGUUAAAGAGCGAGGAUUCUUUGCGAAACUUCGUAAGCCAUGUGGACCAAUACACACUUCUAAUCCGAAUGUUGAACUUCUUUUGCACCGUCCGUAGCCAACCUUGCUAAUCGGAGGUGCAGGGAAAAGAACAAUGGACCUCAGGCCACUUUCACCUUUAGUCUGCCCAAUUCUCUUGAUAGGAGAGGUAAGGUAUCAUAUUCUACCAGAGUUGGGACGUUCCAGGAACAGAAUCUUAUGAUUUUACGAAGGUUCACAUCAGCCUGGCACCUUUGGGGUGACGACCCCUCAGCUCUCCCUCGACGUAAAAUACAAUAUUUUUUUACACAUCCAAUCGGCCACACACCCUUUUUGGAUGUGCAUAUUUCGGCAACAUUGAUUUAAACACAAGGGAACUCGGGACCAUUUUUGAAAUUUAUUGUCUCAUCAGCAGAUACGGGUUUGCUUGAAGCAAGGACCCUCUUCGAUAUACCAAAAUACAAAGUCGCUCAAAUCUAGCGACUAAAUGGUUGAGUUGGCAGCACUAAGUACACUCAGCCAGGCGUUUGUUCGAUGCUGUCUGCCGUUGAAUUUGAUUAAAAUUGGCGAACCAAUAUGUGACUGGUACCGCGGGAGUUCCAGCAGCUCGGUCUACACUUUGAGCGAGAUAAAUUUGCAGUCUGUGCCAUCAUCGUUAGCCAUAUAUCCACUGCUCGAUGAAGGCCUCUGCAAACCACCGCUAUCUCGUGGGUGUCGCAUUGCAACUAUUUUUCUAUGGGGGCCAUAAUCACAUGCUGAAUAGAGUCUACAGAAUGUAGGGUUUUGCUUGUCAGUGCUUACGAUAUUUGGGCUCUGGGCUCAGUCUGACGUACUAUAUUAUCAGUUUUAUCAGCCAUGAUCUGCUGCUGGAUGAAGGAUUCUACACAACCGUCGCUGCCUGUCACGGGUCUUGCGACGGAACGAUCCAUCCUGCGCAAGAGCCAAGUUGAUCACUCCGUCUCUGAGAUGUACGUCCUCUCAGACACGUCGUUCCCUGCUGUGGUUGGCACUGUUAUGAUCGACCACUGACCGGCAGUCAUCCCGACUUCGCAACUUGACCAUCCCAAGCCCCAUUAAUAUCUUGGGAGUUAGAACUUUGAACAUGGCUAGCAUUGGUUGCAAGUGAUAGCUGAACCAGCCGUUGAAACCCACCUGCACUGACCAGCGUGGUAAAGUAUGAUGAAGUGACCCCGAUGACUGAAUGCAUGCAGAGGCUUUCAUCCAGCAGUGGAUAUUCGGAGGAAUGCGGAACCGCGGAAGAUGCCGAGAUGAUUUCCCUGGUCUCUGGCCGAACACGGUUAUUCUUCAGUUUCUUUGUAAUUCCCGCAACUGCUAUCGGAAUCGUGUUGUGAGAUGAAGAAAUCUUUCAGCUGGCAGUGCAACCAUCAAGUAUAAGAGCGGACCCUGUAAGAUAACUUCACGGAACUACUUCUGAAGUCGCGUCAAUCGGCCUCUUCAUCCACACCAGUGGCACAUGUUGUAGUGUCCUGCAAACUUUUUGUAUUUCAAAUAUUUUUUUAUUUGUGCAGUCUGUGGUGACCGUGCUGCUGAAAAUGUCGAACCCAGGAUCUCAUUGGUGACAGCUCAGCACCUCUGACCUCUGUGUCACACGACCGCCGCAUGUAUUUUUACAGGACCAUGCUUUUUUUUUUAUAAAUUUUUCUUGCUGUAAAUAUUCUACCCUGUUCCAUAAGAGCUGUACAUUUUUGGAUGGUUAAUGAAAAUGGUUUGAAUCCUUAUUGUAAGUUUUUUUUUACCAUUAUAGCCAUUUCGUAAACGCUUUAUGAUGGCAACCUUUAGUGAUCUUGCUAAUUUCAAGCGCGACCUUGUAUAAAUGCCCACACAUGUUCGUCGGCGUUAAACCGCAUGCCGUAUUUUAAACAAAUUAUGUCCUGCAGCUUUUGUAUGUAUGUUGGACUUCUUUCUCACCGUACGCAGCCACAACCGUGCUAAGCGGAGGUGCAGUCGGAAGAAUCGCGUUCGCUAAAAUCAUUUUUCGACCACUUGGUUUUCCUGUGUAAAAGCGCUUUACACUAACUUGAAAUAAAAGAGCUUUUGUCUGUA